UCUGUCUUACAACACAGGCUCCAGUAUAUAAAUCAGGCAAAUUCCCCAUUUGAGCAUGAACUUCUGAAAACGGCCUGCAUCUAAGGUCUCCUCCAAGGCCCUCUGGAGUCCGGCCCAUAAUGAAGGUCUUGGCCGCAGGGGUUGUGCCCUUACUGCUGGUUCUGCACUGGAAACACGGGGCUGGGAGCCCCCUUCCCAUCACCCCCGUUAACGCCACCUGUGCCACACGCCACCCAUGUCAUGGCAACCUCAUGCACCAGAUUAAGAAUCAACUGGCUCAGCUCAAUGGCAGUGCCAAUGCCCUCUUCAUCUCCUAUUACACAGCUCAAGGGGAGCCAUUUCCCAACAACCUGGACAAGCUGUGUGGGCCUAACAUGACAGAUUUCCCACCUUUCCACGCCAACGGGACAGAGAAGAGCAAGUUGGUGGAGCUGUAUCGGAUGGUCGCGUACCUGGGUGCCUCCCUGGGCAACGUCACCCGGGAUCAGAAGGUCCUCAACCCCAACGCCCUGAGCCUCCAUGGCAAACUCAACGCCACUAUCGACGUCAUGCGAGGCCUCCUCAACAAUGUGCUCUGUCGCCUGUGCAACAAGUACCACAUCGGCCACGUGGACGUGACGUACGCCCCCGACACCUCCAGCAAAGAGAUCUUCCAAAAGAAAAAGGCGGGCUGCCAGCUCCUAGGGACGUACAAGCAAGUCAUUAGUGUGGUGGCCCAGGCCUUCUAGACUGGAGGUCUUGAGAAUGCCACGGACUGAGGGAUCCCAGUAACGGGAUCCAGAUGUGGGGAGGGGGCGUCUCAAAAUGUGCUGGGAUUCAGGGCAUUGUUAAAUGUUCACAGGGGGCCUGCUGGCAGACCCCGGGGAUCCCAGCCACUCGCUGCACUCUGGCUUGGGCCGUGAGAGAGUCUGGCAAAGAUGAAACUUCCAAAAGGCAGGGCCUCCAUACAGCUCAGCGCCAGCUAGAAACAGCAAGGAGAGUGUUGGACUGAGGAGGUGCUGUGGGCAUGAGAUUUCUGCCCCACUAACUCACUCAGCCCUUGCUCACUACUGUGUGAACAAGCGGCACGAGUUGUCUACAGCAGACAGCGAAAGGUCUGGUGGGUCUCCUGGCCCCCCAUAGAGCGACCGCCAUCUUGCUGUCCCUUAGAGAGACUUUGGAAAGCUUGGUUGAGAUGUGGGCAGGCCAGGGGGACUGGGAUCUAGAAGGACUCCUUGUCUUUUUGAAGUUUUGUGGGUAGAAGAAAGAGAGGCCAUCCUGGGAUGGAAUGUAUCUUCUCUUGGGUUUGAUUAGAGAGUUCAGGCUUAGGGAUUGUCAGGUGGAAGAUUCUAGAAGGUGACUGGUGUUCAGGCUCUUAGGGAAGCAUAGAGGCCAACUCCAGGUCUGGAAAGGAAGAGCCCAGACAGGGACAAAAAUCUGUCAAAGCCUCUUGGGUUCAUUCUCUUUUUUGCAGUUUCCCCCCAGGUGGACCUAGAGGUGGGGUGUGUGCAGAUGGGAAGAGGCAGGUUGCAAAGGCAGGUGAGGUGGUUCAGCAGGUUCCCAGAAUCCUCCCAAGGAAGGAUCUAUAACUGUUCAGGAGCCAGGGAGCGAGCAAGGCAGCCAUUGCUGGGGCAAUGAAGAUUUCAUCUGCUUCUCAACCCCUGAGAACAGGUGGUCCUGAGCAGACAGACAGGUCGCCUAGAGUAGAAGGUCAUAUCUGAGGCCCUGGAGGUCACACAAAGGUACUUGAGGGGGACCAGAGGGCUGUCUUGGGUCCCUAGAGCAUGGAGAAGCAGAACUUGAUGUUAGGGUCUCAAGGAAGCUAGAGACCCAGAGUGCUGUGGCUGACCCACUGCUGCUGUCUAUUUAUUACUAUGUUCUAUUUAUGUUAACUUAUUGGUGCUUUAAGUGGCAAAGUUUAAUUCCCCAAACUAGUAUGAGGCUCCUUACGUGGGAGCCAGGGCUAAGUCUCACCUCGUGGGGCCUGGUCUCAGAGCUGAUGAUAUUACUGGUACAGCUAAUGGAUGAAGCCGAGAGAAGGGUCAAGAGCAGAGAGCUGGCUGGCUCCCCUGGGUAUCAGGGUCUCCCAGAAGCCGCUGGGCCAGUUUGUGGAGUGGAUUUUUUUUCCUCCUCUUUCUGGUCUCCAAGGGGGUGGGAGGAGCAGUUUGUUGUUGUUUUGUCCCACUGUGCUCUCUGGCGCCCCCUGGACUCCAGCUAUGCACCGUUCAUAUUGAAUGGCUCUGGAACUCUGGGCUGAGCUGAUGAUUCUUUCUUCCUCAAAGAGCAGCUGAGCACUGAGACAUCCUGACCCGGCACCCAGCAUAGAAGCUCCUAGGGUGGCCUGAACACCCACAGAGGGUGAGUGCAGGAAGUUGGGGCAGUACGGGCCCUGAAGUGGGUCUGAACGACUGCCCAGUGCCCCAGAGAGGGGGAGAGCAAGGCCGGAGACGCCUGGGACGCAGACCAGGAAGCUGUGGUCCUUGCUUCAUCGCUGCCUUCCCACUCCCGCCCAUGUCUGGGCUCCCAGGCAGGGAAUCCGAUCUGAUCUCUCCUUUGUGCGGCGGCCAGGCAAGCAGGGGAACGCCCUCGAUCUGGGAGCAGGGUAGGGAGGAAGGCAGCCAAGCUGGGCCCAGCACUAGCUGCUUCUCAGCCUGGAAGCAGGGCGGUCCUUAGCAGUUCAGCUGCGGUACUCUGCUUCGUACGCUUUUGCGCCUUUCUCUGUCAUUCUCUAAGCACUUUACCUGGACGGCAGGUGAGCGGGCCCUUAGAGGAAAGGCCUGGAAGCAUGGAUGCAGCAAGGAGACUAGCAUGCAACACCAUUCUCCUGCCGCUGCGUCAGGCUCAGCCCGGGACUGGCUGUCCUUCCACAAGCUGAGAAGCGAGAGAGGCAACUUGUCUAAAAGCCAAGAUGAUCCCACAGCCUGGGGCCUGCUGAGUCUUGCCAUUCACAUCCCGAUGGACAUGGACUCCCCGGGCUCCGCCCAACCUGGCAGCUUUGAAGGCUCAGGGACCAAUGGACUCUUUCUCUGCGCACAGCCCCCAGCUCCACAACGCAACCACCUGCCUACGUCUGACUCCAACAGUUCAGAGCCGUGUUGCACAGCUUCCUAGAAUCCUGGAGCCUUUGGGCCAAAAACCUAGGGGGAGGCAACUGUGCACCUUGACAUCCAUGCCUGCUAGGGUUGACCUCCACCUAGCAUGAUGGGUAGUGUACCUGGGCCAGAGGAGGAGGGAUGGGCAUUUUUUAUCAAGAGACAAGCAUAGGGGUCUUUAUUUAUUAUUUAAAACUUUCAAACCUGGAAGCACUGAACGUUUACUGCUCUCUCCUCCCUGUCCUUGUCUCCUUCUUUGUCCUUGAUCUUGACUCAAGCAACCCGGCCCUGCUUUGCUGGCUCUCUGGAGCAGACAAGGCAUGUGGCCCAGCACCCCAAAAUCUGGCAUGGUAGUGGCUUCGGAAGUGCAAUGGUAUGGCUGUCUGCAUUCGAAUGGUUCCCCAGUCCUGGCCCAGGCUCUCCUCUGCACUGCUGGUUCAGCCCAUGGGGCCUCUGAUCUUAACCCCCUUUCCUUUGCAUUGGAAGGGGCUUGGCCUUGGGUGACAAAUUCCUCUUUGAUGAAUGUACCCUGUGGGAAUGUUUCAUACUGACAGAUUAUUUUUAUUUAUUCAAUGUUAUAUUUAAUAUAUUUAUUUUUUAUACUGAAGGAGUACCUUUUUUAAAAAGAAAGAUAACUGAAAUAAUAAAGAACCCACUCUUGUUCUUCAA